CCGCCUAAGAUGGCGGCGCCCAUGACUGGCCGCUGGAGGUCGCGAGCACCGGGAACGGAAUAAACUACGUUGAAUUCCCAUUUAAUAUAAAUAAACCGGGACAAGAGCGGGUGGUUCAUCCGAGACCGGGAGAGCGAACUGAGAGCGGGCGGCCUGUGGAGUCUCUCGGAGCCCCCGGGGGGGGAGGAGAGCCGGCGGCCUGGCCAGUCUUUCCACGAUGCCCGGAUCACUACCUGCCAACGCUGAGGCUGGCUGGCCCAAGGAUGUGGGAAUCAUCGCCAUGGAGAUCUACUUCCCAUCUCAGUACGUGGAGCAGACAGAACUGGAGAAGUUCGACGGGGUAGACGCGGGCAAGUACACGGUUGGCCUGGGGCAGUCGAGGAUGGGCUUCUGCUCUGACCGUGAGGACAUCAACUCCCUGUGCCUCACCGCUGUCCACCGGCUGCUGGAGCGGAACAGCCUCCCAUACGAGAGCAUUGGCCGACUGGAGGUGGGCACAGAGACCAUCAUCGACAAGUCCAAGUCAGUGAAGACUGUCCUGAUGCAGCUGUUUGAGGAGUCCGGGAACACUGACAUCGAGGGCAUCGACACCACCAACGCCUGCUACGGGGGAACCGCUGCGCUCUUCAACUCUGUCAACUGGGUGGAGUCCAGCUCCUGGGACGGGCGCUACGCACUGGUCGUUGCUGGUGAUAUCGCAGUCUACGCUACUGGGAGUGCCCGGCCCACAGGCGGUGCUGGAGCCAUCGCCAUGCUGGUUGGUCCCAAUGCUCCGCUGGGAUUUGAGCGAGGACUCCGGGGAACACACAUGCAGCACGCGUAUGACUUCUACAAGCCGGACAUGGUGUCAGAGUACCCUGUGGUGGAUGGGAAACUUUCAAUUCAAUGCUACCUCAAUGCACUGGAUCACUGCUAUGGAGUUUACUGCAACAAGUACCAGGCACAGAAACAGAAAGAGGGCAGCGAUGCUCGCUUCACGCUGCAGGACUUUGACUACAUGGUGUUCCACACCCCCUACUGCAAACUGGUCCAGAAGUCCGUGGCCCGACUGCUUCUCAACGAUUUCCUACGUGACUCCAACCCCGACACCCAGAGCGGUACCUUCACCGGCCUCGAGGCCUUCAGAGAUGUGAAGCUGGAGGACACUUACUUCGACCGGGAUGUAGAGAAAUCUUUCCUGAAGGCAAGUGCCGACAUCUUUAAGCAGAAGACCCAACCUUCGCUGCUGGUCUCCAACCAGAAUGGCAACAUGUACACACCCUCUGUCUAUGGCUGCCUGACUGCCAUCUUGGGCCAACGUACUGCCCAGCAGUUGGCUGGCCAGAGGAUUGGCCUGUUCUCCUACGGCUCGGGAUUUGCUGCUACCCUGUACUCACUCCGCGUCAGCCAGGAUGCGACACCGGGCUCUGCGCUGGACAAGCUGGUGUCCAGCCUGUCAGACCUCCAGGCCCGGCUGGAUUCCCGGAAGAAGGUGUCACCGGAAACGUUUGCCACCAGCAUGAAGCUGAGGGAGGAGACCCACCACUUGGCGAAUCAUCAGCCCCAGGGUUCAGUGGAAGACCUGUUCCCCGGCACGUGGUACCUUACCCAGGUUGAUGAGAAACAUCGCCGUGACUACACCAGGAGACCCAUCCUGGAGAAUGGGAGCUUUGAGGCCGGGCUAGGUGCUCCCCAUGGCAACGCUGCCACCACCGAGUGCGCGCCGAGCCCUGCCAAGAAAAUGCCUAGGAUCCCGGCAACAGCCACACAACCUGGUACUGCCAACGUCAGCAACGGAGAGCACUGAGCUGACUUCCAGGGUGCGGGGGAGAGGAGAGAGAGAGAGAACCAUUCUCCCCACCCUCACCCCAUCCCAGCAAGUCUGAUGGUGAAUGCGUGUCUGAUUCCUCUCAGUCCAGGAGAAGCAUUGCUGGUCACGCAUCUGAAAAUAAAUCCUUGGAUCCUUUGCAGGCAAGGUGUUUCAGACCUGCCGCCUAAUGUACAGUCACUCUGCAGCAAGCACUAUGUUUUUUAACUUCAUUUGCAAUCGAACACUGUAAUUAUUUUUUAAUUCUGCUGUUUAUUGUGCAUAUGGGCUGAGCUUUGAAUGCUCGUGUCUUGCAUUUGAUCUUUGGGCCCCCACAGCCCGAUUACCGCUCUGUAAUUUAGCUGUCCCGCACUCCCCAAGCCCCUUUCUGUGUAGUGUGGUAUUUAAUGUCUGUGCAGUGAGUUGGUUCCCAUGCCGAUGACGUGCAGACAAUCGCAGCUGUUCAUUCAUGCAUCAUCUCCACCCCCACCCUCCCGUGACUCCACCCACCCCCCGUGACCCCACCCACCACCCCACACGUGACCACCCCCCAUGUAACCCCCCCACCCCACCACCCCCAGCUGCUGUUUCUGAUCGUAUUAAAUUUUAAUUUAAUCCGGUGCAUAAGAAAACAAAAUCCUGAACCUACACCUGUUCUGAAGUGAGUUAUCAAAUUUGGAUUCUGUUGUAAAGUUCUUUUUAAAUUAAAAAAACAAAAAAAUUAUACAAACCUGCA